AUGGAGGAGCAGCAACAAAUUGAUGAGCUCCUUGAACGCUAUCUCAGCCUGCUGGACGAAUACAGCCGACUCCGCCAGAGUCUAUCUCGGAUCCAAUCUGAUGUCUUUCACAAUAUCGCCCGCGCUAAUUUCGCCGGCGAGAGAGGCAUGAGGUACGGUCAAGAUCACUACGAUGAACGGAUGCAAGCAACACGCCUUCUUGCUAUUGAGCAGGAUGCUAGCCAGAGCCCAACAUUCUCAAUCUCUCCUGUUCCCGAAGAAGAUAAUGUAGCACAUAAGGAAGAAACCUCCUCAGCUGAGAAGUCUGAUGAUGCAUCAACAACAGAGGCCAAAGAAGCCAGCAGCCCUGAAGAAAAGAAGCGAAAACAGAACAGGAACCCUCUACAAUGGUUUGGGCUAUUCGCGCCUAUGCCUCUCCGAACGGCACAAACACAUUCCGUGAAAGCAGUAGAGGAAGUUAUCCCAAGGCUUGUUUCUGUCAACGCUGAAAUGCUGCAUGUGGAAAUUGAGGUGCGACGAGCGAGGAAACGACGUGCUAAAGCGGAGGCAGCUGAAAAGAAGACAGGCCAAACUGCCGGAGCGACGCAGCCACAGAGCACAGCAGUUUGA